GCAUGCCACUUGUUUAUCAUCAAAAUGCUCCUCAGGGAGUGACUUCACCUCCAACUUGUUUGAUUCCCACUGGAAAAAAUCAUUUAGUUUUUAUACCAGUCAGACGACUCAAACUGGGCGUGAUUUACAGGUAACACCUACGAGUGAGGAAGGAAAGAAGGAAAACCAAAGAGAAGGGAUGAAUUCUUUAACACACCAAGGAAGUACUCAGGGAGCAGCUCAGAACUCUCCUGCCCUUCAGGCUUCAGAAAACAAUAUCCCAGUGCAGUCCUUCUCCUUGUUGCCAAAGGCUGUCUCUGCUGUCAUACAUCCAACCGCCAUCUCAGGCCCUCGACCCAGAGGCCCAGAGAACUCCAGCCCUAACCUGGAGCAGCUGCAGGCGGAGCUGAGACACCUGAGGGACCAGUUUGAACAAAUGAAGAGUCAGCACAACAAAGAAAUCAAGCUGCUAAUGAACGAGCUCGACGAGGAGAAAAGGAUUCGUUUAACUUUGCAGAUGGAGAUACAGCGAAUGAAGAAGCGCAUGACCAAAUGA